CAGGUCUCGGGCCCUCAGGCGGAGCGGCGGGGCGCCGGACCCCCAGGCGGAGCGACAGGUCUCGGGGCCCUCAGGCGGAGCGGCGGGCGCCGGACCCCCAGGCGGAGCGACAGGCGGAGCGGCGGGCACCGGACCCCCAGAUGGAGCGACAGGUGGAGCGACAGGUCUCGGGCCCCCAGGCGGAGCGGCGGGCACCGAGUCACCAGGCACGACAGUGGGCUCCGAGUCAACUGGUAUGACCGCAGGCACUGGGGUCAGACAUUGUAUGGUCUGGCUGGACAGCGGGCAUCGGGUCACCAGGCAUCAGGUCAUUUUGGCUCGACAGCGGGCACCGCGUCAUCUGGCAAGGCAGUGGGCUCCGAGUCAACUGGUAUGACCGCGGGCACU